AUGAAGCUGCACAACUACUUUCGAAGCUCCACCUCCUACCGGGUGCGCAUCGCGCUGGCACUGAAGGGCUUGGCCUACGACUACGUCGCCUACCAUCUGCGCAAGGGCGAGCAGCGCGGGGCGGCCUACUUGGCGCUCAACCCCCAGGGUUUGGUGCCGACCCUGGAGACCGACGGCGGCGCGCUGCUGCCCCAGUCCCUGGCGAUCGUCGAGUAUCUGGACGAACUGCAGCCCGAUCCGCCGCUGCUGCCAGCGACGCCGCUGGAGCGGGCGCGGGUGCGCAGCCUCGCCUAUGCCGUCGCCUGCGACAUCCAUCCCGUGAACAACCUGCGCGUCCUGCAGUAUCUGGUCGCCCCGCUGGGCCAUGAUGCCGCCGUCCAGGGCGAGUGGUUCCGGCACUGGGUGGCGGUGGAGUUCGCGGCGCUGGAGAAGCGUCUCUCGGAGGAACCCGAGACCGGACGCUUCUGUCAUGGCGACCGCCCAGGCCUUGCCGACAUCUGCCUGGUGCCCCAGGUUAUCAACGGGAACCGUUUCGACUGCGACAUGACGCCCUAUCCGACCAUCCGGCGUAUUCACGAGGCCUGCAUGGCGGUCCCGGCUUUUGCCGAAGCGGCGCCCGAACGCCAGCCGGACGCGGAGACCUGA